AACGGGAGACAGAAAGAGCUUUCAUUCAUGCCCUUCCACUUCCUCACUCUCACUCCCUCUCUCGAAACUCUCCCAAAUUCCAAAGCUCUCUCGCCCACGCCACCUAAAUUAGGGUUUCAUCUUCACCUUCUCGCCUCCGCAUUCGCAUUAUUUACGCUCGUAUCCCUCACGCUCUGAUCGCCGGCGACUCCUCCGUCAGCGGCAGCAUUCCGGAAUGGCAUUUCGAGUAAUUAUGUGAUGGGCGUGGCCAAGGCGUGGAGGUUUAGCUUGAUAUCGGCCAACAACCUGGCUCUGUUACAGAACCAGAACGGGAAUGCUAUUGGCAGCAGUAAUACGAAUAAGCAUGUGUGCUGGAGAUCAACGGCGACGACAUCGUUUCAAAUGAAGCCGAUUUCGUGGUCAUUGGUCUGCGGGUUGAUGCUGUUCGCCUUGGGCUUGAUUUCGCUCUUCACUGGUCACAUGGCCUCCGAUCUUGAAUGGUACUCUCAGCGCUUGGUCAGGCCAAGCUUGUACUCCGGACUGGAUGGCGGUCGGCGUGAGGCAAUUGAUAUAUGGAAAUCCAAGUAUUCAAAGUACUUCUAUGGGUGCAGCGAGCGAGGCCGUCGUUUUGCUCCUGCUAUUCGUGAGCAAUCAUCAAAUGGCUAUUUGCUUAUCGCAACAAGUGGAGGGCUGAACCAACAAAGAACAGGAAUAACAGAUGCUGUAGUUGUCGCUCGGAUUCUUAAUGCUACGUUAGUUGUACCUGAGUUGGAUCAUCAUUCGUACUGGAAGGAUGAUAGUGACUUCAUCAACAUUUUUGAUGUUCGUUGGUUCAUUUCAUCCCUUGCAAAAGACGUAACCAUUGUCAAAAGAGUUCCUGAUAAAGUCAUGCGAUCAAUGGAAAAACCUCCUUAUACUAUGCGUGUCCCAAGGAAAUCUGCCCCUGAAUACUAUCUUGAUCAAGUUCUUCCCAUACUCUUGAGGAGACGUGUUGUGCAAUUGACAAAAUUUGAUUAUAGACUUGCAAAUAAUCUUGAUGAAGAGCUGCAGAAGUUACGUUGCCGGGUUAAUUAUCAUGCCUUAAGAUUUACAAAACCUAUACAAUCGCUUGGUCAGAGAGUUGUUUUGACGAUGCGAAAGAUGGCCAAACAAUUUAUUGCUGUUCACUUGAGGUUUGAACCUGAUAUGCUAGCAUUUUCUGGGUGUUACUAUGGUGGGGGUGAAAAAGAAAGAUACGAGCUUGGUGAAAUAAGAAAGCGAUGGGCCACAUUACCUGAUUUGAGCCCCGAGGGAGAGCGGAAACGAGGGAAAUGCCCACUUACUCCUCAUGAAGUGGGUUUGAUGCUACGGGCACUUGGUUUUGCAAAUGACACAUACCUUUAUGUUGCAUCUGGAGAAAUAUAUGGUGGAGAAGAGACUUUGCGGCCUCUUAGAGAACUCUUCCCAAAUUUCUAUACAAAGGAGAUGCUGGUCAAUGAAGAGUUGAAACCUUUUCUUCCUUUCUCUUCUCGCCUUGCUGCUGUUGACUACAUCGUCUGCGAUGAGAGCGACGUAUUUGUCACUAACAAUAACGGAAAUAUGGCCAAGAUUCUUGCUGGCCGAAGGAGGUACAUGGGUCAUAAGAGGACCAUCAGACCAAAUGCGAAGAAGCUCAGUGCUUUGUUCAUGGAAAGGCAUCGGAUGAGCUGGGAUACAUUUUCAAGAAAGGUGAAGUCAUGCCAAAAAGGAUUCAUGGGAGAGCCAGACGAGAUGAGGCUGGGACGAGGGGAGUUUCACGAGUUUCCGUACUCUUGUGUCUGCAAGAAACCAUUCAGUGAUGUUAAAACUGGCUACAUGGAAUCUGUAACAAAAAUUAAAUCUACAUACAAUCAAAAGAAAGUAGGUGAGAAGAGUCUACCCAUACUAAAAAGGACAAGUAUGGCAGAAGAGCCAACAGCCUUAGCAGAUAGUGAGGACAAUGAAUUUCUUUCAGACUAGUGGAGAUGAAGAGGAAAAGAAAGAUCAAAGGAGAGAACAUCAACCCGAGAUGGUGAUGGCUCUGCCGCUGCCGGCCUGUUCGCCUCUAUGGCAAUUUUUUUAUCGUGCCACAGAAAUUUUUUUACUCACAACAGCAUGUCAACUAUGGCAUGUAGAGGUUGUUCAAUCAUAUGCUUCGACUGCUGAAUUGACUGAACUAGGUUAUCAUGUAUAGGCGUGAAAGGAAUGGUGAGCUGCAAUUGUUUAUAAGUAGUUCUUUCUAGGUACAUAGCCGUGUAGGUCUUCUAGAACCAUUGUGUAAACAAAAUUCAAGUUUAUUGUGUUACGACUUUGUAUUUUUCAGUUUGCUUUCA